AUGUCCGACGUCCGAUCAGCCUCCGCUUUCUCAUCCAUCCCUCGCGGCUUAUCCAGCGAGGAUGAGGGCGUGCGAAUCGCCAUUAGCGCACUCGGCGACAUGCGAGACAACGCUCGCACAGGUAUCCCUCUCCCUAUUUACACCCGAAAUGUGCACUCAUCCCAGUCGGCCAAAUUGGCUUCCAGGCUCACCGUCACCCUCAGCGCCUCAGCCUCCGCAUCCAACGGACACCAAUACCUAGACGCGCCUCUCCAGACCUCAUCUCUCGCGUGUCCCACUUCCCUGUCGUUUAUACCGCCCUCAAGACAUGAAAACACCAAGGCUAGCUCACGCAUGGUCAAUUAUGGCACCGAGAUGAUGGAGUCAUCCGCGUCGACCUUCUACCGACCCGUCCUAGGAAGACUACACGUCAACCAACUCGACGCGUUUGCCUGCAGACAGCUCGAUCGACUAUCGACAAAUACUGAAGCCCGUCGAGUGAUAGCAUUCGCGGUUAUAGCUCCCAAUGGUGGACGGACACCAGUGCGGGCGGAUCGCGAUGAACGUCAGGCGGUUGACCACCGUCAUCGUCGAAUGUGCAUGAAUAUGCUGCCGACGAGUUUAAUACGCAUACACCGCGGCUACAAUGUCGGGAAAGGGAUUCGGCAAGAACCGGUAAGCAGCAGCAGAUCGUGCAGCAGGGGAAGUAACAGACUACUGCUCGAAGCGGGCGGGGUCGGUGCGGCGGUGAGCGAGGAGAGUAUGCGAAAGUUGAAGUAUUGUCUGCAGUGGUUACAGUACGCAACGGAGCACAUCGACGGCCAGAUUCUCAAACUUCGGGACUUCAUCGUCUCCCUUCAACUUUCCACCGCGAAUAGCUCUACCUCCCCUGAUGCUCUGAUAUCCCCUUCGCACCUCCGCACAUUUACAGAUAUUCAUAAGGAUGUCGUACACACUUUGCGUCAAGUAGUCGACAUCGUCUCCAAAUACGCUGGUGGCGCCCUCCCCGAGCCCGCUCGCAGCCGCGUACGUGGGUUCAUGUUGCACCUCCCACAACGAUGGGCGAGCGCAACGCAGGGUCUGCCUGUCGAGUCUAGCAGACCGAGUGUCCCGUCUCACGGCACGAGCAGUGCCGCCGAGGCCGCGAGCAGCGGUGGCGGGGUCGGCGGGGCCACGAGGAGAGGAAGACAGGCUCGACAGGCGCAGAACCGCAACCGCGGGACAGCGACGCCCGCGAACUCACGGCCCGUCAGCCCGAUCUCUAGCCCCCGCGUCAAGCCAAAGUCGAUAGCUGGUGCUGCUGGGGGAGUAGGCGCGGGAGAGACGGGUACUGCAGGCCCUCCGGCUCCGACGGCGGGGUCUUCAACGGCUGCUGCGCAGCGGAUCUUGACGCUCGCGAUGGAGAGUUUGGAUAUGAUGAGAGGGGUCACGCCAGUCAUGAAGGAGAGUUUGGAUCGAGCGGAUGCAUGGGUCGAACGCCUGAGAGUCGUUGGCAUUCAGCGAGGUCAGAUAUCCGAGCAACAAUCUCAGGCCCAGAGCGACGAUAUGCCUCUUCCCCCUCCUCCCUCAUCAGCCUCAUCUUCAGAUGUCAACGGAUCGUCAUCAUCAUCAUCCACCCUAGCACACAGGCGGAAACACUCACUCCCGCACCUCACCUCGUCCACCUCGACUUCGGCUGUCUCGACGCCGGCGCAGGACACACCUUACUCGAGCGUGCCGACGACGCCCAUCGAGCUCUCAUUGGGUGCUGUGCACCAGUUGAAUCAGGUGCAGGUGCAGCAGUCUCCGAUGGGGGCGGCGCAAAUGCAGAGUUUGCCGCCGCUAGCGGCGUUAUCGUUGGGUGGGAGAGUUGUUGAAGAGAAGGCUGGUACCGGUGCUGUUGUUGGCGAUGGUGGGAGGGAGGCGAUGGAUGUGGACGCGUGA